UGGGGCAUGCGCGCCCAAGCAAACAACACACCAAUGGCGGUGUCGUAGAGGAAGGAUGCAGGUUCCUCCACGUUGGAUAGGCUGCCCCCGUAAGGGGGCCCUAGUCGCAGGAAAGUUUCUGCCUUUCAAAACUCCUUUGGAUUCCCGUUACGAUGAGCGGGUCAACAUGGAGGACCGCUGGCAGUUGCCACUGCUCAUUGCGUACCUGAAAGCGAGAACUAUCAAACUGGGUAUGAUUAUUGAUUUGACGAAGAGUGGCAGAUUUUAUGACAGCAAGGAGCUGGAGCAGUAUGGUAUCGUCCACCACAAGUUGGCCUGCGCCGGUCACGAGCAAUCUCCGACUCCAGAGCAAGUGGAAGCGUUUCAUCAUGUAUGUCGCCAAUUUUUCUCCUUGAACCCAGACUCCGUGAUAGGUGUGCACUGCACACAUGGUUUCAACCGAACGGGAUUCAUGAUAGCCAGCUACAUGUACUUGGAGGAUGGCAGUGCAAUAGAGGCUGCAGUGCAGCAGUUCGCAAAGGCGCGUCCACCGGGCAUACUGAAGGAGCACUAUCUACAGGAUUUGUGCCAGCGGUACGACGGCGACACGUCGAUGUGUGUCGCGCCGGAACUACCCGACUGGUUUUACGAGGACAACGAGACGCCGAAUCAAACGACGGAGGAUGCCCUCACAUCGCCCAGUGACGGCGCUGGAGGAAAUCGACAGCCUGUUGUCGGUGCCAACGGCAAGGCAGCCGCGUUCCCUCGGAAACGCAAGCACAGCUCGUCCAGUAGUUAUGUUAGCGUGCCGAUGGAGGGCCUGGAAAGCGUAAUGUCGGUGACCGAAAACGUCGAGGAGCUCCAGGCACGCCUUUGCGAGCUGUGUCGCGCAACUUCUCCGAAUCUGAUCUUCCCGGGUGCUCAACCGGUAUCGUUGGAUCGCGACACGAUAAAAUACUUUGAGAAGAAACCGUACCGUGUGAGUUGGAAAGCGGACGGUACUCGCUACCUCAUGAUGAUCCUCGGCCCGACCCAGGUCUACCUAUUUGACCGCAAGAUGAUGAUCUACCAUGUCCCGCAGGUUGCGUUUCCCGGCCGAGCAUCGCCACAUGUCAAGGACACCGUGGUCGACGGCGAACUGGUGUUCGACAACGAGGGCGGUCGCAAGGUUCCACGCUUCCUGAUGUACGACUUCGUGACGUUCCAGGGCCAUGACAUCGGCAAGCUAUCUCACCCGGACCGACAGAACGCCAUCCGACACGAGCUGCUGAAACCGAGGGACGAAGCGGAGCGAGCCGGCCGUCUGAACAAAUCCAAGGAGCCGUUCCGCACGCGCAUCAAGGAGUUCUGGGACAUCGAGCGCACCGAGAGUACCGUGUUUGAAAAAAUCAUACCAUUGCUGAACCACCCCAACGAUGGCCUGAUCUUCUCACCAGCUAUGGACCCCUACAAACUCUACACGAAUCACGAUGUGCUCAAGUGGAAGCCCCCGGAGCUCAACAGCAUCGACUUUCAGCUGAAGAUUGUCAAGGAGAAUCGACUUGGCGAGCUGCCAACGAGGGUUGGUGAGCUUCAUGUCCUCGGUCACGAUAUGCGUGUCAGCACGAUCAAGCUGACGAAGGAGCUGAAAGUGCUGCACAAUGCCAUCAUUGAGUGCUGCAUCGACAACGGGCAGUGGUCGUUCAUGCGUACUCGCGAGGAUAAGGACAAGCCGAACAGCUACACAACGUACGAGAGUGUCUGUAAGAGUUUAACGGCUCCGGUGACGAAGGCCAUGCUCAUAGACUUUAUUGCAAAGCGACGCUUCAAGCUGCCACCUCAGCAAUCUCACUCCGCACCACACCGUCCGCCAACCGUGCAGAGGCAACCGCCCACACAACAACAGCUUGAACAGCAGCAGUUAAUGCCACCACCUCCGCAGGUAUAAAUGUGUGGUAUGGCUCCCCCAAAGUUCUGUCUCUCUAUCUAUCUCUCUCUCUCUCUCUUCGUCUUUCUCUCUCUCUCUCUCUCUCUCUCUCUUUCUUUCUCCGUUGUGCUUUGGGCCAUAACUUGACCCACUUCGUCACUGAAACUUGAAGUUAAUUUCUUUUCUCCAUGCGGCCAAAAUGUACCAUAGCCUCCCCGAAAUCCUAUCAUAGCUACCAGCAUUCCAAAAUAGGUGUGAUCAUAUUAUAGUGCAAUAAUACUCCUCUACCGCCAUAGUUUAGCUGCUUACUUCGUUUACGUAUUAGCUUCAUGAUCAUAUUCGUCAAUCCCAUGCAUGGCCUGCAUGUUCGCACUAAAAAGUCAUGCCCAUAUUUCACAACUCUCCCGUACCACAGAACACAUAUGCUGUGUUUCUGUGUCUGCAGUCAGUCGCUUUGUUUGGUCGUGUGCUUUGUUUGUCUGUGUCGUGUACUGAACACGGGUCCUUGUAGUAUAGUCCCAUCUUUUGCUGUCUUGCAGGACGAAAGAGUUGCUACCCAAGCUUGCGUGUCCGCCCAGAUAGCUGCUGCCAAUGCGAUGCUGUCGCCUUUGCUGUAUUCUAUGUGUACAUAGUCUUGCAAGAUUACAUGUAUAUUGCUGCUUCAACAGGCCGUGUCUUGUUGCGGUGCAUUUUUAUUCAUAUGAUAGCCAACUUGACUGCGAA